CCUCCAUUGCCUCUUCUCUCCACCAUCUCUCUGGCACGGCCCUCUGCUAGCUCACUCCCAAGUCCCAAGUCCCAAGUCCCAACCUCCACAGACAAAAGCAGCGAAGAACCUCCUGAACUGGGCAAAAACCCAGCCAACAAAAGCUCCCAAAAUCUCAUGCUCUCUCGCCCUUCUCCUCCACUCCAGCCCUUCCUUUCCACGAUCCAUCCCUUCGAGCAGCAGAAAGAGGCAAAGAUAGCUUAGGAUUUCCAAAAACCACCAGAAAAAGGGCUGCUUUGAUCCAUAAGUCGCUGGCAUUCGGUGCAUGCUUUUCUCUCUCUUCUAUUUCUAAUCUAAUCCCGUGGAGACAAGGCUAAAAGCUCGGAUGCUGCUUUGGCUAAUGGCCUAGCUCUGCCCAAGGGCGUUGUACCUGAAAGGCCUUGGGGUGGAGAAGUCUGAGACUUUGCUGCUGUUGCUACCUUUUCCCGUCUUGUCCUUUCCUUCUCUCUUCUUUGAGCUACCUUGGUGGAGCUUGGGGUGUUUCUUCUGCUGGUUUCUAUGGUGGGCAUAGGUGCUGCUUUGGGCAUGGAGGCUACUGGCUGUGGCGCUUUGCUCAGAGAGCUUCAGCAAAUCUGGGCAGAGGUAGGGGAAAGUGAGGGUGAGAAGAGCAAGGUCUUAUCACAGAUAGAAAGAGAAUGCUUGGAGGUGUACCGCAGGAAGGUGGACGAUGCCAAUCGGACAAGGGUCCAGCUGCACCAGUCUGUGGCCACCAAAGAAGCUGAAGUUGCAUUGUUAAUGGCAACUCUAGGGGAGCACAAGCUGUACCCGAAGAAAGACAAGAGCUACGUGUCACUCAAGGAACAACUUGCUGCUGUCGUUCCUGUACUGGACAACCUGAAAUGCAAGAAAGAAAAAAGGAUCAAGCAGUUCUAUGAUAUUCGAUCACAGAUCCAGAAGAUACUGUCCGAGUUGAGUGAGCAUAAUGAUCAGGGUGAUAAUGUAAACAGUGCUGUUGCCGAUGAACAUGAUUUGUCAACAAGGAAGCUUGAUAACUACCAAGCACAACUUCGUGAUCUUCAGAAAGACAAGUCUGAUAGACUUCACAAAGUUCUGGAGUAUGUAAAUGAAGUGCAUUUUUUAUGUGGAGUCCUUGGAAUUGAUUUUGGAAAGACCGUAAAUGAAGUUCAUCCCAGUUUACAUCAGAAUGGUGUUGAGCAGUCCAGAAACAUCAGCAAUAGCACAUUGGAAGGCCUUUCUAGUACAAUAUCAAAUCUAAAAGCAGAAAGAAAAUCUAGAAUCGAUAAGAUGAGAGACACAAUGGAAUCAUUAUGUCAACUCUGGAAGUUAAUGGACUCUUCUGAAGAUGAGAAGAGACAAUUCAGCAAAGUAAUCAGUAUUCUCAUAACACCAGAAGAAGGAAUCACAUCCGCUGGUGUUCUCUCUCAGGAAACAAUCGAGAAGAUGGAAGCUGAGGUCGAGAGGUUAACGGAACUUAAAACCAGCAGACUGAAAGAAAUUGUCAUGAAGAGAAGGACAGAAUUAGAAGAUAUAUGCAAGAAUGCACACAUAGAACCUGAUCUCAGCACAGCCCCUGAGCAAACUAAUGCUCUGAUUGAUUCUGGCACUAUUGACCCUUCUGAGAUCCUGGCAAAUAUCGAGUCACAGAUACUGAAAGCAAAAGAGGAGUCACUAAGUCGAAAAGAUAUUAUGGAAAGGAUAAAUAAAUGGAUUGCUGCUUGUGAUGAAGAGACUUGGCUUGAAGAAUAUAACCAGGACUCAAAGAGGUAUAGUGCUGGAAGGGGUGCUCAUGUAAACCUUAGAAGGGCAGAAAAGGCACGGAUUUUGGUCACUAAAAUUCCAGCUAUGGUGGACAACCUCAUAAACCGGACCUUUGCUUGGGAAAAUGCGAGAAAUAAGCCCUUCCUCUACGACGGGGGUCGGCUAAUAUCUGUUCUAGAAGAGUACAGACUUAAUAGAGAACAGAAAGAGGAGGAAAAACGGCGAUACCGGGACCAGAAGAAGUUGGAGACCAUCCUACUUGCAGAGAGAGAAGCAAUCUUUGGCUCUAAACCAAGCCCAAAGAGAAUGAGCAGUUUAACCAGAAAAACAAAUGGAUAUCGUUCAAAUGGAAGCAGUAAUGGACUAAUGACUCCAACUCCUCGGCGAUCAUCUCUUGGCAGUGCUACACCCGAUCUUUCGACACCCAGAUCAUAUUCCAGUCGCUGUAAUAGAUACUUUGGUGAUUCAAGACGGCUAUCAGUAUCCCAAUUGAACUUUGGUGACGAUUCACUAUCGACAUUUACAUCCAUUAGUGGUUCUGAACCAGAAUCCCCUUCUAUGGGAUAAUUUUGGUCAAACUACAGGGCCAAUUGCCAGGUAAUUAGCAUUGUAAAUGGAGCAGUGUCCUACGAGUCACUUCAUUUGUGUGUACAUUAUUGAUGCAUGUAUUUAGCUAGUGUUGUUGACUGGUAAACUGGAUUGGUUGACUAUGUUUGGGUUUGCAGUUGAUGUUUCGGGCUGAUGGCUCUAUAGAUUGAUGAUUAGGUGAAAGAUAUAGGGAGUGAUUUGGUGGUAGUCGCCUGUACCGUAUCAUAAUUUAUGUGAUUGGCUUUUGUGUUGCGACCUUGCACAGCUAGUUUGAAACUUAUGUACAAACAAUACUUAUGCAGUAGUCUUUUAUGUCUUUCUCUCAUGUAAUAUGCAUCUGGAAUCCUUAUUUUGUGAGCAUAAAAAGGCAGAGUUCACGUGUGA